UUUGCAUAUAGUCUCUUUGGUUACAAGUAGGGUUAAGUUUGGUUAGAGCGUAGAAUUGAACUCUUAAAUUUAAAAGACUUUAAAACUCUUUACAAACUGCUAGUUAUUAAACAAUGGUUAAAGAACAAUACAGGGAAACUAACUUGGCUCGAAAAAUCUCUCACAUUUGUUUCGGACUCGACAGUCCACAGCAGAUCCAGCAACAGGCCCACAUCCACGUGGUGGCAAAGACCCUGUAUGGCCAGGACACGCAGCGCACACCAGUGCCGUAUGGCGUCUUGGACCGGCGAAUGGGCACGAACCAGAAAGAUGCCAACUGCGCAACGUGCGGCAAGGGUCUGAACGACUGUAUUGGUCACUACGGCUACAUCGAUCUCGAGCUGCCCGUCUUCCACGUCGGUUACUUCCGCUCCGUGAUCACGAUCCUCCAGACUAUUUGCAAGACAUGUUCUCACGUGCUGCUGUCGAGCAAGGAUCGCAAGCCGUUCAGACUAAAGGUAAUGAACCCUUCUCUGCCGUACCUGGUGCGCAAGGCCCUUCGCAAGCAGAUCAUCGACAAGGCCAAGAAGGUGUCUCUGUGCCCUCACUGCGGAGAGCUGAACGGCGUGGUGAAGAAGUGCGGCCUGUUGAAGAUUGUGCACGACAAGUAUCGCUCCAAGAACUCCACGGAUCCUGUCGUGACCGAGCAGAUAGCUGCAUAUAAUGAUGUUAUCGAGUAUAAUCGGGAGCUAGAGUCGAUGGUGAAAAAUGGAUUGGCACACAUAUUCAAUCCACUGGAAGUGCUACACUUGUUUGAAAGAGUGCCUGAGGAGGAUGUACCACUGCUGCUAAUGAAUCCCGCUUGUGGACACCCAAAGGAUCUGAUAUUAACAAGGAUACCUGUGCCACCUCUUUGCAUUCGCCCAUCCGUUAUAUCUGACUUGAAGUCUGGCACUAAUGAAGAUGACCUCACCAUGAAGUUGAUGGAGAUUGUGCUGAUAAAUGACGUGAUCAUGGAAAGACGGCAGUCUGGUGGGAAGGUGCAGAUGAUUAACGAGGACUGGGACUUCCUGCAGCUUCAUUGUGCACUGUACAUUAACAGUGAGAUGUCUGGUAUCCCAAUGCAGAUGCAGCCUAAAAAGUCGGGGCGUGGUUUGGUGCAACGCUUGAAAGGCAAGCAAGGUCGCUUUCGAGGCAACUUAUCGGGCAAGAGAGUGGACUUCUCCAGCCGAACUGUGAUCUCUCCAGACCCCAACUUGCGUAUUGAGCAGGUUGGUGUUCCUGUGCACGUUGCCAAGAUCUUGACGUAUCCGGAGAGAGUGAACAAAGCCAACCUGAGCUUGAUGCAGAAGUUGGUCAAAAACGGUCCAGACGUUCACCCGGGGGCCAACUUCAUUGAGCAGAGAGGCGUCAAGUUCAAGAAAUAUUUGCGCUUCUGUAACAGGAAUAAAGUGGCACAAGAACUAAAGCCCGGGGACGUGGUGGAGCGACACCUGAGGGAUGACGACAUCGUGCUGUUCAACCGCCAGCCGAGCCUGCACAAGCUCAGCAUCAUGUGCCACCGCGCCAAGGUGCUGGAGCACAGGACGUUCCGGUUCAACGAAUGUGUGUGUACGCCAUACAAUGCUGAUUUUGAUGGGGAUGAGAUGAAUCUACACUUGCCUCAGACUGAAGAAGCUAGAGCAGAGGCUCUCGUACUCAUGGGGAACAAGUCGAACCUGGUGACGCCGCGCAACGGGGAGCUGCUGAUAGCCGCGACGCAGGACUUCAUCACGGGGGCCUACCUGCUCACGCAGAAGGACACCUUCCUGGACCGGGGGCAGGCGUGCCAGCUCGUGGCCUGCCUGUGUGCCGGCGACGACGUGGCCAUGCAGCUCGACCUGCCUCCGCCAGCCAUCAGGAAGCCUAUGGCACUCUGGACUGGCAAGCAGAUCUUUGGCAUGAUACUUCGACCCAACAGGAAGUGUCCUGUUAUGGCGAACCUCCGCACAAAGGGCAGAGCGUACUCAAAGGAUGAGGAACUUUGCAUCAAUGAUUCAUACGUGGUGAUCCGCAACUCGGAGCUGCUGGCAGGCUCCAUGGACAAGUCCACGCUGGGCUCGGGCUCCAAGAGCAACGUCUUCUACGAGCUGCUGUGCGACUGGGGGGAGGACGUGGCCACCAAGGCCAUGUGGCGGCUGGCCCGGCUCACCUCGUACUUCCUCAUGAACCGGGGCUUCUCCAUCGGCAUCGGGGACGUGACGCCCGGGCAGGGACUGCUCAAGGCCAAGCAUGACCUGCUGGAUGCCGGGUACUCCAAGUGUGACCAGUACAUCAGAGCGCUGCAGGAAGGCAAGUUGCAGUGCCAGCCUGGUUGCACGGAUGAAGAGACGCUGGAAGCAGUUAUCCUGAAGGAGCUGUCUGUGAUCCGAGACCAUGCUGGGAAGGCGUGCCUGCGAGAACUGCACCCCAGUAACAGCCCCCUCGUCAUGGCUCUAAGUGGUUCCAAAGGAUCGUUCAUCAACAUCUCCCAGAUGAUAGCCUGUGUGGGCCAGCAAGCCAUCAGCGGCCAUAGAGUACCAAAUGGUUUCGAGGACAGAGCACUCCCACACUUUGAGAGACAUUCAAAAAUACCUGCCGCUAAGGGAUUCGUGGGGAACAGUUUUUAUUCUGGACUCACACCCACCGAGUUUUUCUUCCACACGAUGGGUGGCCGUGAAGGUUUGGUUGAUACGGCAGUCAAGACGGCUGAGACUGGCUACAUGCAGCGACGUCUCGUGAAGUCCCUGGAAGAUUUGUGCCUCCACUACGAUACCAGUGUGCGAAACUCGACAGGCGAUAUAGUGCAGUUCUUGUACGGAGGGGAUGGACUAGAUCCUACUUAUAUGGAGGGGAAGGAUUGUCCAGUGGACUUCCAGCGUGUCCUGGACCACGUUAGGGCAAAGUGUCCUUCAAAAGAUGAGGAGCCGUUGGACGGCCCCAGCAUCAACAAGGCCGCCGAAGAAAUUCUCAAGACCGAAAAGUUUUUUGGUUGCAGUGAGGAAUUCAAGCUGGAACUAAGGACGUUCACGGAGUCGUUUGCGAGCCGCCUGACAGGCCUGCGCAAGAGGUUCGGCCUGACCACCCUGCCGCCAGUGGCUCUGCAGGUGGAGCGGCUGACGGUCAGCCAGCUGGUGGAGUUCCUGCACACCUGCCGCGAGAAGUACAUGAAGGCCAAGAUCGAGCCAGGAACCGCGGUCGGAGCACUGUCUGCCCAGAGUAUAGGAGAGCCCGGCACCCAGAUGACCUUGAAGACUUUCCACUUUGCGGGCGUCGCUUCCAUGAACAUCACCCAGGGAGUGCCCAGGAUCAAAGAAAUAAUCAAUGCCAGCAAGCAAAUCAGCACGCCGAUAAUCACGGCUCACCUGGAGGACGAUACAGACGCAGAGUUUGCGCGCAGAGUUAAAGGUCGCAUUGAAAAGACAACCCUUGGCGAGGUUUGUGAAUACAUUGAAGAGGUGUAUCUUCCUGACGAUAGUUUUCUCUUGUUGAAGUUGGAUAUUGAACGUAUUCGUUUGCUGAAAUUGGAAGUUGAUGCUGAUUCAAUUCGUUACAGUAUCUGCACAUCUCGCCUGAAGGUCAAGCCAAAUCACAUCACUGUGGUCAGUGAUUCCAUCAUCACGGUGAAGCCCAGUCUGGCUCACGCCAGCAUCAACUAUGCUCUCCAGGCACUGAAGGAAAGUGUGCCCAAAGUUGUCAUAAAGGGACUCCCAACGGUUAGCCGUGCGGUGAUCCACAACGACGAGUCCAAGGGCAAGAUCAAGUACAAGCUGUUUGUGGAAGGAGACAACCUGCGGGAAGUCAUGGCCACACGGGGUGUUAAAGGCACCAAAACAACUUCCAACAACACCUACGAAGUAUUCACGACCCUUGGUAUUGAGGCUGCGAGAGCUACCAUCAUGUCGGAAAUCAAGUUGGUGAUGGAGAACCAUGGGAUGAGCAUUGACCGCCGCCACCCCAUGCUCGUGGCUGACCUAAUGACGAGCAGAGGCGAAGUCCUGGGCAUCACCCGUCACGGCCUGUCCAAGAUGAAGGAAUCUGUGCUUAACCUGGCAUCUUUUGAGAAGACUGCAGACCACUUGUUCGAUGCAGCCUACUUUGGACAGAAGGAUGCCAUCAAUGGAGUAAGCGAGUCCAUAAUCAUGGGCAUCCCGAUGUCUGUUGGAACCGGCAUCUUCAAGCUUCUACAUAAAGCUGACAGGGACAGCAAACCACCGCCAAGAGAACUAAUAUUUGACGACCCAGCGUUCCACAAGCCGGUUGUAAAAUGAUUUCUGUACAUGUGUGGAGUUUUGUACAAAUAUAAUAUUUUAUAUUACAUAUUGAAUAGGU